AUCUGUGAGAACGGGAUCGGGGAGGAGGCGACCGGGAGGGGUGAGGGGUCCUCUCCGCCGCCAGGCGGAGCUGGGAGCCGGGCGACCCCGCACGCAGCGCGAGGCGCGACCCCAGACUGACUACAUUUCCCAGUCUCCGUCGCUCCGCGCGGCCCGCCCAUCAACUCUGGGCCCCGCCUCGUCGCGCCGGCUGGUUCUUCGCGCCCGCCCGACUUCCCAGCGGCCCCGUGCGGCCCGGGCAUGCCCAGUGCGGGCGCAGCGGCCCCGGCCCUGGAAGCGCCCCGGCGGAGCGGGCCCGCGGUGGGCGAGGGGCCGGGCCGGAGCCGCGGCGGCGGAGCUGCGGAUCCUUCAUGAUGAGAGAUUUGGGGACACUUCUCUCUCCUCUGUGUAGUUGAUAGUUUGGUGGUGAAGAAUGGCUGACAGUGUCAAAACCUUUCUCCAGGACCUUGCCAGAGGAAUCAAAGACUCCAUCUGGGGUAUUUGUACCAUCUCAAAGCUAGAUGCUCGAAUCCAGCAAAAGAGAGAGGAGCAACGUCGAAGAAGGGCAAGUAGUGUCUUGGCACAGAGAAGAGCCCAGAGUAUAGAGCGGAAGCAAGAGAGUGAGCCACGUAUUGUUAGUAGAAUUUUCCAGUGUUGUGCUUGGAAUGGUGGAGUGUUCUGGUUCAGUCUCCUCUUGUUUUAUCGAGUAUUUAUUCCUGUGCUUCAGUCAGUAACAGCCCGAAUUAUCGGUGACCCAUCACUACAUGGAGAUGUUUGGUCGUGGCUGGAAUUCUUCCUCACGUCAAUUUUCAGUGCUCUUUGGGUGCUCCCCUUGUUUGUGCUUAGCAAAGUGGUGAAUGCCAUUUGGUUUCAGGAUAUAGCUGACCUGGCAUUUGAGGUAUCAGGGAGGAAGCCUCACCCAUUCCCUAGUGUCAGCAAAAUAAUUGCUGACAUGCUCUUCAACCUUUUGCUGCAGGCUCUUUUCCUCAUUCAGGGAAUGUUUGUGAGUCUCUUUCCCAUCCAUCUUGUCGGUCAGCUGGUUAGUCUCCUGCAUAUGUCCCUUCUCUACUCACUGUACUGCUUUGAAUAUCGUUGGUUCAAUAAAGGAAUUGAAAUGCACCAGCGGUUGUCUAACAUAGAAAGGAAUUGGCCUUACUACUUUGGGUUUGGUUUGCCCUUGGCUUUUCUCACAGCAAUGCAGUCCUCAUAUAUUAUCAGUGGCUGCCUUUUCUCUAUCCUCUUUCCUUUAUUCAUUAUCAGCGCCAAUGAAGCAAAGACCCCUGGCAAAGCGUAUCUCUUCCAGUUGCGCCUCUUCUCCUUGGUGGUCUUCUUAAGCAACAGACUCUUCCACAAGACAGUCUAUCUGCAGUCGGCCCUGAGCAGCUCCACUUCUGCAGAGAAGUUCCCUUCACCGCAUCCAUCACCUGCCAAACUGAAGGCUGCUGCAGGCCACUGAGUUGCCUGCCAUCCAAAGGGGAUGGGCGGGAUUGGAAGAAAGCUGUGGCAGCUCUUUUCCCUGUUCACCUCCCCCUGCCAGGGAAGGCAGGACCCACUCUGCCAAGGGCCCUCUGCAUAUUCCCUUCUCUCUGAGGAAUUGAAAUUUUUGUCUCUGGUGCACGUAAGGGAGAAUGUUCCCUGACACCAGUGUGUGGAUUUUUAACAUCACCGUGAGUCUGAAAGGACCACAAGUUUUUCUGCAGCUAUUUUCUAGCAUUUGCCAGUCCCUGUGCCUGGACUGAUUUGAAUACUUUGUUUUUCUCCCUGUGCCAUUUAUCCUUCCACCUUUCCAUCCUGCCUUCUACCACCCUUGGAUGAAUGGAUUUUGUAAUUCUAGCUGUUGUAUUUUGUGGAUUUGUUAUUUUUGUUGUUUUUCUGUGAAGCACAUACAUUGGAUAUGGGAGGUAAAGGAGUGUCCUAGUUGCUCCUGGUCACUCCCUUUAUAGCCAUUACUGUCUUGUUUCUUGUAACUCAGGUUAGGUUUUGGUCUCUCUUACUCCACUGCAAAAAAAAAAAAAAAAAAAAAAAAAACCCUGAAGAGAUGAGAUAGGAGGAAAGGCCUCACAGCCAGUUCUGCUGGGUUUUGAGGAGUGAUUUUCUUUCUUCCCCUUGAAGGGGAAAAAGCUAUUUUCACUGGUACAUUUAAAGUCCCCCAACUAUGGGGAGGUACCAAUUCUGGACAAGUGCCACUGCAACAACACUAAACCUGAACUUUUCAACUCCGUUGGGGGUGGGAGGCGGUGGGCAGAAAUUUACUAUUGGCCACUGCCAGGUCUGUUUCAUAUUUCAAAGGAAUAUUGGGUGCUGCAAAUAGGAACUGAAGGGGUAAAUGUAUUAAACCUGUGAUUGGUUGUUUUCCUGUCAUUUUAAGAGACUAAAUGUGGGGGGCAGAUGUCAAAAUACUUGUACAAUUUUAAAAUGUCACAAUUAAACGUGAGCUGGUUUCCCA